GAGCGGGGCCGGGCUCAGCAGGAUGGGAGAUAUCCAGGAGAAUUUUUAGGUGUCCGGGUGGGAUUUUGGGAUCCCCGCGGGAAUUUUGGGGUGCCCCGCUGAGCUGUGCCCCCCUCCCCGUGCCCCCCCAGCCCCCAGGAUGCCGUCCCAGCUGGAACACGCCAUGGAGACCCUCAUGUUCACCUUCCACAAGUACGCGGGGGACAAGGAUCACCUGGGCAAGGAGGACCUCAGGGCCCUCAUGGAGAAGGAAUUCCCGGGAUUCCUGGAGAACCAGCAGGACCCCCCGGAUCUGGAGCAGAUCCUUGGGGAUGUGGGGCAGAGCUGGGAUGGGUGUGUGGGGUCCGAGAUGGGAGUGUGGGGUCCUCAGUGACCCC